CCCGCUGCCCGCGCCCCCGCCCCCGCCGCUACUGCCGCGGAGCCCGCGAGGCUGCGGUGGGUGCAGCUGGGGCGCGGCUCCGAGUCCAGAGGAGGGGGCCGCGCCAGGCGCAAGCCGAGCGGGGCUGGGUCGCCCCCGCCGCGCCCGGGAUGCGGCACUGAGGCCCAGUAUGGCCGGCCCGGGCCCCACCUUCCCGCUGCACCGGCUCGUCUGGGCGAACCGGCACCGCGAACUGGAGGCCGCGCUGCACAGCCGCCAGCACGACAUUGAACAGGAGGAUCCCCGGGGGCGGACCCCCCUGGAGCUGGCUGUGUCCCUGGGGAACCUGGAGUCCGUGAGAGUCCUCCUUCGACACAAUGCCAACGUGGGCAAAGAGAGCCGUCAGGGCUGGGCAGUCCUGCAGGAGGCAGUCAGCACUGGAGACCCAGAGAUGGUACAGCUGGUGCUCCAGUAUCGGGACUUCCAAAGGGCUACACAGAGGCUGGCUGGUAUUCCGGAAUUGCUCAACAAACUCCGCCAGGCCCCUGAUUUCUAUGUGGAGAUGAAGUGGGAGUUCACCAGCUGGGUGCCCCUCGUGUCCAAGAUGUGCCCGAGUGAUGUGUACCGCGUGUGGAAGCGGGGUGAGAGCCUGCGGGUGGACACCAGCCUCCUGGGCUUCGAACACAUGACCUGGCAGCGUGGCCGGAGGAGCUUCAUCUUCAAAGGCCAGGAGGCAGGAGCCCUGGUGAUGGAAGUGGACCAUGACCGUCAGGUGGUGCACACAGAGACACUAGGGCUGGCUGUGCAUGAGCCGGAAGCACUGUUGGCUGCCAUGCGGCCCAGCGAGGAACAUGUGGCCAGUCGCCUCACCUCCCCCAUCGUCUCCACCCACCUAGAUACUCGCAAUGUGGCCUUCGAGAGGAACAAAUGUGGUAUCUGGGGAUGGCGGUCUGAGAAGAUGGAGACUGUUAGCGGCUACGAGGCCAAGGUGUACAGUGCCACCAAUGUGGAGCUGGUGACACGCACACGCACGGAGCACCUGUCUGAUCAGGACAAGUCGAGGACCAAAGGAGGGAAGACUCCGUUCCAGUCCUUCCUGGGGAUGGCCCAGCAGCACUCCUCCCACAGCGGGGCUCCUGUGCAACAGGCAGCCAGCUCCACCAACCCCACAGCCAUUUCCCCCGAGGAAUACUUUGACCCCAGCUUCAGCCUGGAGUCCAGAAACAUCGGCCGCCCCAUUGAGAUGUCCAGCAAAGUACAGAGGUUCAAAGCAACUCUGUGGCUGAGUGAGGAGCACCCACUGUCCCUGGGUGACCAGGUGACCCCCAUCAUUGACCUGAUGGCCAUCAGCAAUGCUCACUUUGCCAAGCUUCGUGACUUCAUCACCCUGCGCCUCCCACCUGGUUUCCCCAUCAAGAUUGAGAUUCCCCUCUUCCACGUACUCAAUGCCCGAAUUACCUUCAGCAACCUGUGUGGCUGUGAUGAGCCCCUGAGCUCAGUGUGGGUGCCGGCCCCUGGCUCUACCACCACCCCUUCAGGGAGCCCUUUCCCAUGCGAGGUGGAUCCCACUGUGUUUGAGGUGCCCAAGGGGUAUAGCGUGCUGGGCACUGAGCGCAGCGAGCCCCUUCGAGAUGAGGACGAUGACCUGUUGCAGUUUGCAAUCCAGCAGAGUCUGCUUGAGGCAGGCACGGAGGCCGAGCAGGUGACUGUCUGGGAAGCCCUAACUAACACACGGCCCAACACUCACCCUCCUCCCCAAGCCACGGUGUAUGAGGAGCAGCUUCAGCUGGAGCGAGCACUCCAGGAAAGCCUGCAACUAUCCACAGAAUCCGGGGGCCCAGCAUCCCCUCAGCGGACGCCCCUGUCCCUUGCCCCACCAAGCUUUGAGGAACAGCUUCGGCUGGCUCUGGAGCUGUCUUCCAGAGAGCAGGAAGAACGGGAGCGGCGGGGUCAGCAGGAGGAAGAGGAUUUACAGCGGAUACUUCAACUGUCACUCACAGAGCACUGAACUGUCUGGCCCUGGGUGGGCUGUCCAGGGUCACUCCCUCUGCCUGCUUUUGUAAUUUAUUUAUAAACUGUCUGCUGCUGAGCUGGGGGCCUGGAGCCCUGGAGGUGGGGCGUCAAUAGGAUGGAAAUAAA